AACUUUGUAUUUUUGGAUUUUAAAGAUAGGAAUUUAACUAGAAAUUUCAUUUUUUGCUUGUACUUUGAUCUUGUCGAGAGUUGCAACUGAUUAUAAAUGGUAAUAACUAAACUCUGCUGUAUAUAGUUUAUGGCAAACUUGCAAGAUAAAUGAGCAAAAAAUAAAUUUAAUUAUAUUUAGUAAUUUGUAGCUUUCAUAAAAUAAUGCAAUGAAUUUUCUGAAUUCUAAGUUAUUUUAUUAAUGUUGAAUUCUGUUUAUAGCACUCUUAAAAGAAAACAACAAACUGAAUUCCGACAAACAUAAGUUACAGCAAAAUCAUGACAAAGAAAGGCAACAGAUGUUAUCGCGCAUUCAUCAUCUGGAGUUAGUUUUGGAAGAGACAAUAUCUCAGAAAGAAGAUCUGUUGGAGGAAAAGUGCCAUGAGAUAGAAGACUUAAAAUCUCAAAUGGAAUCUGUGGAGAAACAGUUACUGUCUUAUAAAAGAUUCAUUGAGGAACAGGCCCAGGAACGUGAACAGGAAAGAGAUGAGUAUUUGCGAGAAGUUAAAAAGUUGCAAGAGAUCGUGAAAGAGAAAGACCGGAUACAAAAUAACGACGAAAGACUGUCUAGAGAAGUAAUUAAAUAUUUAACUUAUUAUUAUGCUUUCUUCUAUUAG